AAAAGCUGUUCUUAUGCCUCUAUUGAAGUGAGAAUGAUACAUGAUAUAAUGCACAGCUCCUCUUGGACCAGUUUUCUUAAUUUAAGUCAAGAGAUGAGUCCUUUGGAAAAGAAUUAUGCCACUUGGUCUCCAAGAAACCACAUAGAAUCUCUUCAGCACUGGCAGCAAUGUUACUACAGUGAUUUGACUUGCCCUAUCUGCCUCCAGACAGCUAAUUUCCCAGUAGAAACUAACUGUGGACACUUAUAUUGUGGCUCCUGUCUGAUUGAAUACUGGAAACAUGGAUCUUGGCUAGGAGCAAUAAACUGUCCACUCUGCAGACAGAAGGUUAUUCUUCUUUACAAGAUCUCUUGUGAAAAUCAGCAGGACAAGCAGAGCAAACGAAUAGUCUAUGACAUCAGAGAUUACAACAAACGCUUCUCAGGACAGCCUCGGCCUUUUUCAGAUUACCUCUAUGACAUGCCAUUACUUCUAAACUUUGCUAUACGAGGAGUUUUUACCUUGGGCGGUCUUAUAGGGAUCUUCUUCCUAAGAGUUCUCAUCUGUUCCUUUGGAACUAUUAUAUGCUUAACUUCUCCAUUUGAUGUGCUGCCAGAACCUCUUUGUGGAAUCCUGGGUGCAGUUGAUGACCUGGUUGUUGUGUUCCUACUUUUAAUUUCUAUGAUGAACAUUUGUUCUCAAAUGGAAUCAGAAGGAGCAAAUUUGGCACACUCUGGAACACAAAACAUCCUGUUGGAAUCUUAAUGGACUAAAGACCUGCUUCUUCCUACAUGAAAACUGAUCAUACCGUGAUGAGCUCUCCUGACUUUUGAGAGCAACAAGGAUAGACUUGGCUUUGAAGAAUUCCAAGGGUUGAUAUACCACAAUGGUGUUUACAAAAAAAAAGCUGGAUGAAGCUUCUAAUGUUAAUCAUGGACUAAUACCCAAAGAUGUCUGUAAAUCUCCUAAAAUGUACUGAGUGAAGGUGAUGUUGUAUUAACAUAUGCCAAUUUUGCCUGUGUACUUUUGAUUUCUGGGAGGCACAAGGAGUACAACUCAAGAACUCUGAUAUUGCUAUAAACAAUGUAGUACAUUUAAAUCUGAAAAUGUUCUUUUGCAAUGGCAUCUACAAAGUAACCUCCAUGGGACAGAUGUACAGGAGAAAGAAAAGUGUCUGAUUAGCAGUUUAAGGAGCAUUCAGCAGCUUAAGAUGAAUUUGGGAUGCUAUGUUUGUGCAAACCUGUGCAGUGAUUGCAAUUUGAAUAGGUUUGCCAAAAGUUGUUAACACUAAUAACAUUACUCAGAAUCAAACUACAAUUCAAAACUGAAGAAAAAAUCUAAAACAAAAUCCAGGAGCUCAGGAAUGAAACAAAAGGAAUUAGAAGGAUCAGGCAAGGAACUUGAGAACAUUAUGAUCUGGUUCUUUUCAAUAUAAGCAAAGAGAGUUCUUUUCAAAUCACUUCCUCAUGCUGAGUUUCAUGGUAAUAACCCCCUCCCCUUUUGUUCCCAAGAAGGGUUUCUUGAAUACUGUAAUUUUAAAAAUCAGAACAGAACACAGCAAAUUUAUAUUAGAUACAAGUACAUGCAUAAACACAUACACAUUUACAUGUUUAUCUUUGUGAGUACACACAUACUCUGUGUUACUUGUUUGUUAUGAGAAUUCAUUGUAGGAAUUCAGUUCGUGUUCAGAAUGAUGUGGGGAAUUCAGUUUUAUACAUUAGCUGUACAUAAGAAUGUGUAUAUAUAAAUAUUUAUCAUUUCAAA